CUUGUGUUUGCUCUUUCUCUUUCAUCCUACCGCUUUCCGCCUUUUAUUCCCCCCCCCCCAAUUUUUUUGAAAUUUAUUCAGUCAGAAGGACAGCGAGAAGCCAAAAUGAUUUCCCCAGACCAAGUCAACGAGAUGCUCUACCCGGCUUCAACCACCUCGAAGCCGGGGCCGAUCCCCACCGUUGUCCCAAACCCGACCGAGUACCAGCUGGCGGGUGAUGUGGGCCACCGGACGCUGUGGGUGCUCUUCGCGGCCAUGACCAUCACGACGGCCGUGUUCGCGCUGCUGUCGUGGAACGUGCCGGUGGCGAAGCGGGUGUACCACGUGACGACGACGCUGCUGGCGCUGGUGUCGGCGCUGGCCUACUACGCGAUGGCGACCGGCUACGCGUCGUCGCUCAGCUGCCGUCCCGUGCGCGACAGUCACGGCGACCACCUUCCCGACACCUUCCACGACGCCUGCCGCCAGGUCUACUGGGCCCGCUACCUCGACUGGGCCAUCGCCAACUCGCUGCUCCUGCUCAACCUAUGCCUCCUCGCCGGCGUCGACGGCGCCCACACCCUCAUGGCUAUCGUCGCCCACCUCGUCACCAUCCUGGGCGGCUUCGCGGCCGCCUACGCCGCCGAGCGCACCGGCCAGAUGUGGGGGUGGUUCGUCAUCGCCUGCCUCGGCUACCUCUUCGUCGUCUGGCACGUCGGCCUGCACGGCACCCGGUCGGUCAAGGCCAAGGGCGCGCGCGUGUCCAAGCUGUGGGCGUCGCUGAGCAUCUACUCGCUCGCGGUUCUGGCCGCUUAUCCGAUUGCUUGGGCCAUCACGACUCUUGCUCGCAAGACCGACGUGAAUACCGAGAUUAUCGUCUACGCUGUGCUGGAUGCCCUGACCAAGCCGGUGUUUGGCCUUUGGUUGCUCAUCAGCCACCGCGCCAUCCCCGAGUCUAACAUCGAGAUUGCGGGCUGGUGGUCGCAGGGCUCGUCUGCCGAGGGAAGAAUUCGCAUUAGCGACGAAGAAUAACUCACCACGGCGGGAGUGUUGGUGGAGGCAGUAAGGGGGGUGUGUGAGAUUCUCGAGCGGUGACUUUGGGGUAAAAAGAAAAGGGCACUCCGCACAGUUGUGCCAGGGUAGCAAAAUGGGAAGAAAUGAAAUCGGAUUGAACAUGAUCGAUAGGCAUAUACGGAGGAGAGUACAGUACCGGGGUUAAAAGCUUGUGUAUAAUUAAUACUUGAUACCUGAUGCUGCACAUUAGCAGGUACAUGAGUUUGGUUCGGGCUCUGAUUCUCGUGAGCACACUAUCAUACAGUUCGAGUCAGAUGGAUCUCACCCCGACAGUGGUAUAUGCUUCCGCUCCCCUCUUCGAGCCCUACAGUAGGGUAUAAAACGAAGCUUCAACGCUAUUAUAGGGCGUGGCGUACAUUCAGUUAGGGCAGCACAAAUCACGCAAAAUAGCGUUUCUAUAAGUAGCAUUCUAUAUAACUCAUAUUAUAUGUCAU